GAACAGAGAGGAAGAGAGGAACUUAUACGUCACCACCGUGACAAAUCCUUCACAACAUCUGGAUCUUUAAAAAUUCAUCAAAGAGUUCAAACUGGAGAGAAACCAUACAGCUGUGACCACUGUGAGAAAACAUUUUUGCGCUGCAGUGCCCUCAAAGCCCAUCAACGCAUUCACAUUGAAGGGGAACUGUCCAGUUUUUUCCAAAGUGGGAAGGAUUUCACAGAGUCAGGGACCUCAAAAAAACAAGACAUUGACACAGCAGAGAAACUGUUUAGCUGUGAUCAAUGUGAGAAAGCUUUCACCACUCUACGUAGCUUAAAAAGUCACCAGCGUGUUCACACUGCAGAGAAGUCGCACUGCUGUGACCAAUGUGGGAAAACCUUUUCGCAACGCACGUCCCUUGAAACUCACCAAAGAAUUCACACAGGAGAGAAACCGUACAGCUGUGAUCAAUGUGGCAAAGCUUUCACACAGUCAAAUCACUUGAAAACCCAUCAACGCAGUCACACAGGAGAGAAACCGUACAGCUGUAAUCAAUGUGGCAAAGCUUUCACACAGUCAAAUCACUUGAAAGCCCAUCAACGCAGUCACACAGGAGAGAAACCGUACAGCUGUGAUCAAUGUGGCAAAGCUUUCACACGAUCAGAUUACUUGAAAACCCAUCAACGCAAUCACACAGGAGAGAAACCGUACAGCUGUGAUCAAUGUGGCAAAGCUUUCAAAUGGUUAAGUAGCCUGAAAACGCAUCAACGCAGUCACACAGAAGAGAAACCAUACAGCUGUGAUCAAUGUGGCAAAGCUUUCACACAGUCACAUAACUUGAAAGCCCAUCAACGCAGUCACACAGGAGAGAUACCAUACAGCUGUGAUAAGUGUGGCAAAGCUUUCACACAGUUCAGUAACUUGAAAUCUCAUCAACGCAGUCACACAGGAGAGAAACCAUACGUGUGCGACCAAUGUGGGAAAAAGUUUUCCCAAACCAGAGUCUUACUAACUCAUAAACAUAUUCACACAGGAGUGAAACGAUACAGAUGUGAUCAAUGUGGCAAAUCCUUUGCACGGUCAGGGGUCUUAAAACACCACCAGCGUAUUCACACAGGAGAGAAACCGUACAGCUGUGAUCAAUGUGGCAAAGCCUUUGCACUGUCAGGGGCCUUAAAAGGCCACCAACGUAUUCACACAGGAGAGAAACCGUACAGCUGUGACCAAUGUGGCAAAGCCUUUGCACGGUCAGGGGUCUUAAAAAACCACCAACGUAUUCACACAGGAGAGAAACCGUACAGCUGUGAUCAAUGUGGCAAGGCCUUUGCACUGUCAGGGGCCUUAAAAAGCCACCAACGUAUUCACACAGGAGAGAAGCCGUACUGGUGUGACCAAUGUGGAAGAUUAUUUGCCCGGUGCAGUCAAUUGAGAACCCACCAAUGCCGGCAUGCAGGAGAGAACCCAUACAGCUGUGACUAGUGGCCAGGCAAACAUCUUCCUACUGCUGACUAACAGUGAGUCUGUUGAGUCACUGUUAGUCUGGCCCCUCCCCCUGGACCACU